UUCAAUUUCUGUCAUCCACUCUUUUUUAAUAAAAAUGCACUCUGCAACUCUACCUCUGUACACACCUUCAAUCGUAACAAGUAAUCCUAAAAAUAAAAGUUCAAAGAUUGCAUGGAAUUUUUCUGAAAGGACUAAUUUUCAAACAUGUAGAGUUUCUGCAUCUUCAAAUUCUCCUAUUACUGAAUUCAACCUCUAUGAACUUCUUGGAAUUGACAGUUCUUCCGAUCAAACCCAGAUAAAAUUAGCAUAUAGGAAUCUUCAGAAACGGUGCCACCCCGAUAUAGCAGGGCCGGCGGGCCACGACAUGGCUAUUAUACUGAAUGAAACUUAUGCUCUUCUCUCUGACCCCAAUUCUCGGAGGGCAUAUGAUAAGGAGCAAGCAAAAGUUGCAGAUUUACAAGGCUACACCGGCAGUCCUAUAUAUUCUGUGUGGUAUGGUUCAGAAAGUGAAAACAGGGCUGUUUUUGUUGAUGAAGUCAAGUGUAUUGGUUGCUUAAAAUGUGCCUUAUGCGCUGAGAAAACAUUUGCUGUCGAAUCAGUAUAUGGAAGAGCUAGGGUUGUUCUCUCGGAUAUUUUUGAUGAGGUGGAGAAAUUCCUGACCAAAUAUGCCAGGCACAGAGCUUCCACAAAUUAUUCCCAGGAAUCGGAGGCUCAUACAGCAGCAAGAGUCUCAGCUGUUCAAGCGAUUCAAAUGAUAUCAAACUGGUUGUACUGGCAAUCUCCGGGAAUGGCAGCUGAACAUACAGAUAACCACAGCUUGGUACCACUUUCACGAAAACAUGCAGAUCCCAGUGUUAAGAGGCUGAGAGACGCUGCUGCAGCUAGACGCCAAGCAAGAAAUUUUACGAAACCAACCAAAGGAGUAUUCGCAAGCAACACAUCCUAUGAGGAGUAUUGGAUUCCAUCAAAGCUCGUUCUACCAGAGGUUACUACUGUAGAUUCUGACUCUAGAGUUGCGGCCUCAUAUUCUUCUCCAACUACAGAAACGAAAGAACCAAGGGCUCGUAAAUUCUCUAGCCCCGAGGAGGAUACAGACACCCCUUUACUUAAUGGAUUGCCGGUGGGGACAGCAAUAAUGGCUGCGGUAUUUGUUCGGUUACGGGUGGGAGAACAAGUAGGCAAUAUAAAGGAGCAUAUUGGUGGUUCUCUUGUUCUGGAUAUUGUUAAUAGCUCAUGGUUACAGGUGCUUUUAGCUGGUGUUACUUGGUAUCUCAUUGGAAUGGCUUUAAUGGAAUUAGUUGAAGCCAUUCGACGUAAAUAAGGGAAAUAUUGUAGCUCAUUGAUAAUUGUAUGUAUAUAACAUGGUGAUAUUUUAUGAAAUAAAAGAUUUGACGAGGGCCUAUAGAAACAUUUAUAACCAA